CAUGCCAUCCCCACGCCGUCUCCACGCCGUCCCCACGCUGUCCCCAACGCUGUCCCCACACCACGCUGUCCCCCCGCUGUCCCCAGGGCCUACGUGUCCCUGUUCAUGCGUCACCUCUGCGAGCCGGGUGCCGACGGCUCCGAGACGUUUGCGGACGGCGUCCCCCGCGAGGGGCUGUCGAGGCAGCAGGUGCUGACCCGCAUCGGCGUCAUGUCCCUGGUCAAGAAGAAGGUGCAGGAGUUCGAGCACAUCAAUGGGCGCUGGAGCCUCCCCGAGCUGGUCCCGGAGCACAGCGCAGACUCCAAGCGUUCCUCCAGAGCUUCUUCCCCUGCCAAGACCUGCAGCACCGACCCCGAGCAGAGCAGGACCCCCACCCCGUGCACCUCCAAACCCGGUACGGGGGG